UUUCAUUCAUAGGCUAUAUUAUUCACCUUGCAAUAAAGUAUCCGGAUGGUAUAGGAGUAACCACUAGGAAAGACAUCCCUGGACCUAAGGGUGUUCCUAUAUUUGGAAAUUUAUUUACAGUUACGUUUAAAAAAAAUACUUAUCUUGAAUUAGAACAAGAAUUGGCAAAUAAAUAUGGUUCACUUUACACAAUUACAAUUCCUAAACGUGGGCGAAAUAUUAUCUCAAAUGAUCCACAAACAAUAGAAUAUGUUUUAAAAACGAAAUUUGAGAAUUUUAUAAAAGAUACUUCUUUUACCCAAGUGUAUCACGACUUGCUUGGAGAUGCAAUAUUUGUGGCUGAGGG